AUGAAGUGAGAAGAAACGUUCUUUUUUGAAUUUUUCUUUCUUUCAAUAUGAAAUAUAGAAAUUUACUUUGUACUAUCUUUUUAGAAACAGAAGGAGGGUGACCUGAAAAAAAGCCACCGAAUUUUCGAACGGCGACUUUUCCGAUUUUUUGUAUCGCUAGGGAUCUUUCCGACUUUUUUUCCUUGUAUUUUUCGAUUUAUAAAACAUCCAGUAACCUUUUUUUUCCACUUUCUUUGUGUUUUAAUCAUGAACCAACUACCUAGUUCAUAUAGGAAGAUUCAAAACGACGAGUUUAUCGAGAAAAAAAAAGUCAGAAAAGGAAUAGUAGGAAGUUCUCCGUUCCUUCGCGAUAUGAAAAAAUCAAAAAAGUCGCCGUUCGAAAAUUCGCUGGCUUUUUUUUCAUACCACUGAAGUAGCGUUAAGCCUUUAUAGAUUAAUUGAAGCUACUUUGAUUGAAAAAUUUUUGUAAAUUGAAUCCCUUGUGAACUUUCGAGUAAAGUUCCUAGUGCGAUUGACUAAAUACUGGGCAAACCAAAAAAUUCUUGAAGUGAAAAUUUUGCAUUUUUUACUUCUCAGAGAAUUUUUUUCGCGAAAAACUGGCUGCAAACUUGCAAAAAGCUAUAGAUCCUUCGAAAAUUUUUAUAACCUUCCUAGUUUUUGAAGUCGAUAAUUUUAAUAGUUUCGAGAAUUUUCUUCAAAUAUUUAACAAAAUCUAAGCUUCAAAUUUUCCCCAUAUUUUUAAAGCCAUGACUAAAAAAUUCCUUCAAUUGCUCAGAAAAAAAAUAUUUUCAAAAAUAUCACUUCUAGAAGCCGAUUCCAUUUCAACGGGCUACAGUUACUACGUAAAUGACGGAAUUUUCGGCUCUUUCAAUUGCAAAAUCUUCGACCACAUUGACCCCAUCGGAGAGCCUCUUCAUGUGAAUUCAAGUCUUCUUUUCUUAGGUAAAAUUAAAAAGUUUCCAGGAAACUACAGGGCCAGAAUUCCCGACAACGAUCUGGGGUCCAACCUGCGACAGUAUCGACAAAAUCGAGGUAUUUUAUUCCAGUUGCGGAUUUUUUAGCCUCUUUUUUCUUUAUCUUCUUCUUUCAACUGGAAUAAAAUGAUUUCUAUAGACUCAACUGUCAAACAGAAGAAGAUUUUUGAGAGUUGAAUGUCUCUUAAUUUUUGAAAAAAAUAAAAGCUCAGUUCAAAAAGGCCUAUUUUACCGAUUCUGAUUAUUUUUUUAUGACUUUGAAAAAAAUAAAAAAAUGUGCAGGGCUGAACCUUUCAGAAUCACUUCACGGUACAUGAAAAAAAGAAAAAUUAUUCUGGCCAUUUUUUUCAGGAAUUUUUUUCUGGAAAAAAAUAGAACCUUGUAAGUGAAAUUUCCUUCGUUGUAAUAAAAAAAUUCUUGAUAAUAACUUAAAAAAAUUAUAUAUCAAUUCAACUUUCAGACACGAAAACUGAUGCCUCGAUUAAAAAAAUGGGGACUGGAUUUACUACGAUACGAUGGGCGCCUACACCGCAUCUGCAGCAUCGACUUUCAAUGGAUUUUCGAAGCCGCCGACUUUCCAUUUCAUGAGCCAAAAAAAAUGUUGUGA